AUGACCAAUGAUUCGGAACAAUAUGAUUCCUUCUUUUCCGAAUUGCCGGAAAUGCUGGGCAGGGAUUCCAUGCUUUCAGAAGGAGAGGAAACCGAAAUCGAUGAAUUCAUUCUCACCGAAAUGUGCAAAGAAGUCGCCGCCAUGUUUGGUGGAACCGACUAUGACAGUCAACACUUUGACGACUACGAUGAUUAUGCCGACAAGGAUCGUGGUUCUUCCUCAAACGAGCCAAUCAAGUCGUCAGCAGCCAUGAUUGAGAUUGUGCGCAAAUCUUUGGCUGGGGUUCAGAUUGAUGGAAUCCCUGCGAUUGAUCGCUUCAGCAUGUCGUUGGAAAACCCAGACGAACAACGAAAGUUACUAGAAUACUUUCAAAAGGCCAAGCAGAAUCGAGACAAGGAAGCACGCAUAAAGGCAGAACAACAAGAAGCCGAACGAAUCAAGAGACAAGAACAAGAUCGAAAAGAGCGAGAGGAACGCGAAGCCAAACUGAAAAAGGAAAAGGAAGCAAAAGAACGACAGGAACGGCAUGAACGUGAGCGACGAGAACGUAGGGAAAAAAGAAAGAGAGAAGAAAAGGAAAGAAAGGAGCGAAAAGAACGUGAAGCCCGAGAAAAGGCAGAGCUUGAGGCUCGUGAAGAAGCAGAACGAGAAGCCAAGGAAAGGGCAGAAGCAAUUAAGGCCAAAGCUGAAAGGGAAGCCAGGGCCCAGGCGGAAGCUAUCGUAAGGGCUGAAAGGGAGCAACGGGAGCGAGAACGGCGGGUAAGGGUUGAAAAGGAGCAACAACGGGAAAUGCAAUCAGUCGAAGGGGAGCACACGGACAUGAUUGAAGUGGCACCCGGACUGACACUUCCUUUAUUGUCCAAGGAUGCCACCUUGCGUGCUCUUGCCAAAGAUGACACGAUUACCACAACUUGUUUUGCCUGUCAACAGACACUUACUGCUCCUGGUCAUGUAGAGUUUAUUGUUUGUUGCGACGAUUGGAUCUGUAUGGCUGUGGAUGAUGAUGGUUAUGGUGAUGCAAACAAGCCGAGAACAGGUAACAAACGUUGCAUUGGAUUUGGACUUAAGGAUGGAGACGUUGCCAAGUGGGUCUUUUCACGAAAGAGCAUUGUGGCAAACUAA